GAGCGGUUUCGAGGAUUGUUGCAGCAGGCCAAGACCGCAAUAAACUGUUCACUACGUUAUGUGUCCUCCUAGCCCUCCUCCGAGACUCAAUAUUCCGAGUCUAUAUAGUAAGAGAAGAAGAAGUCGAUGUCCCAAGCCAUACUCCCAGGUCAGGAAUAAGAGCAUGGAGGUAUGGUGAACUAUUCUCCAGAUCGGAUGAAAUUUUGGUAAUCAGAUUAAUGAUGGCGGUUCUUGAAGACAUUUCGUCAUUUUACUUUUCCUUUCCGAAAACAAAUGGAAGAAACAAGCACUUAGCAGGAAAUAUGUACACUCUUCCAACCAGUAGUAGUGAACGUGCUUUAAACACGUAGUAAAAGUAGCAGCAGUUCAACUUCGAAAUGUCUCUUGAAGGUCUCCAGGGCUCAGUUGAGACCUCCUGUUGAAAGUUCCGGGUAGUAAGCUACACGCCAGCACCGAUCGCUUCCGAAGGCAUCAUAACAAAUUUCUUUCCGAGUCACAAGGUACCAUGCCCGACUACCUACCGAUGACACUCCGCCAUAGUACGUGCUAGUAAUGGAGUCCGAAAUUCUCAACCGUUUCAACCCAAGUGUACGAAUUUCACACGUUUGCUUUCGCUCAAAAAACAAAAUUGUGGCUGCAUAAACUCCUCUCACCUGCGACGGACUGGAGUCAUGUUGGCGUCUCAACUUCACGGUGGUGGGCCGCGCUUGUUAGUUGUCUGCGACACAACUAUUUGAAAACAUAAAACAAAACGGCGCAAACAGCACGAACCUACACAAGGGCGCCGGGCGUAUCGCAAAACCGUGGCCAUCGUUUUGGCCCUUCACAUUGACUGUGGCUAACACUGUGCGUAACUGAGGUCUGGGACUGGGGCAACCUGACCGCUACACCUCCGCCGUCAAGCAAGGCUAUAAAACGUUACGUACCGGAACGUCGGGAGAACAGUCGGGUGUAGGGCGCGCGUUGUAGUUAGACGGGUUGAAAGCUUCUUGUGUCUCUGUACUUGGACGUUACGAAUUGAAGAAGCAGGUUUUACCUUACGGAGCGGGAGAUAAUGCGAUCCACACUCUACGUCGGCUUGGUGCCGAUCCUGGUCGUGCUGCUGAUCGCCUGCUGCUCCGCAGCAAUCGCCGACAAGGGUUCCUCCUGCACAUCGUCGGACAACUGCACCAGGACGAUUUACACCUGGGAGGGUGGCCGUAUCGUGUGGCCAUGUCCCACCACCAAGCGGCUCAUCAUCAGCACCGGCAAGUACUUGCCCCGUGAUCUGAUCGCCAUGCGUUGCCAGCGGGCCGGCACCCACACGCUCUGCGUUUUCCCGCGCUUCAAGAGCAGCAAUCCGAUCACGCUGAGCAAGGUGUACGCCACCAAGAAGGGCUGUGACGUGAAGUUCGAACCGUUCCCGUGCUGGAACGAGCAGGAGGAAGGUAACUGCAAUGCGCUCCAGUCCGCCAUCGACCUGUACAGCGACGGGGACUACGUGUGGGUGCUGGACAGUGGAGUAACGCAAUCGCUCCGGGCGCCAUUGCAGCGAUGCCCUCCGAAGGUGGUGGUGUACUGUAGCAAAACGGGCAAAAAGCUCAAAACGAUCAAUCUGGCCCGGUUUGUGACGGAAAAGUCUCGGCUCCAGUACAUCCAGGUGGAGUGUCUGAAGGGUGGCCGCUGCUACGUGUACGUGAGCGACCCGGGCAACAAUGCGAUCAUCGUGUACGAUGUGUACAGCGGACGGGGUUAUCGGGUGAUCCUGCCAAAGGCGGUCCACAUGGGCUGUCGGUAUCGGGACAUGCUGUACAUCUUCCUGUCGAAGCACAAGGACGGUACGCGGCUGUACUUUACGUACCUGGGCGGACAUCGACUGUUUGCGAUCAAGACGGAGCAUCUGCGCAAGGGACAUGGUGGCAACAUCAUAGACGUUGGCGAGAAACCGCACGUGCCCGUGUUCCUCGGCACGGACGGUGGGCACGGUGUGUUCUUCCGCGAGGAAGGCGAAUCGAACAUUUACUACUGGAACACCAACAGCUGCUACAAAAAGUCCAACUUCCGGCUAGUGUACAAGAGCGUGCUGGGCCUGUACGCAACCCACGUGUUCCCCGAUCUCAAGCUUAACCGACUGCUGGUGAUGGAGAACGAUUUCCCGAGCUACGUGAAGGACCAUGCCGGCUGCGGUACGCUCCAUCAAAUUUCCAUCCUCGAUGGAAGCUGCAAGUGUCAUGGCGGUUCGUAAGCUGUCGUAGGACCUAUCGUGUAAUAUUACAGCGAAUGUAAUUUAUUAGACUGCACACCGUUGGACGGGUUUGCCGUCAUGCGAACAUGUGAUAUGCAGAGAGCUAGUGUAGUGACUAAUUAGAGCGACGCAAAGCCUGCCAAACGAACACCGCCGUAUCGCGGGGCGCAACAGAUGUCCCACCCCGAAAGACUCCGAAAGUUGCCAGAAAUAUGUUAGUAAUAAUAAAUGAAAGAUUCAAACAGUA